GAUGAUUAGCGUCGUCAACAACAACAACAACAACAACGACAAAGAGUAUCAACGAGGUUAAAUAAAUGAACACCAUCUAACAAAGCUGUGGGAAAGCCAGUUGAUGACACUGCAAUCUAAAACAAGGAUUGGUAAACUUAGAACCGAAAGAGCCGAUAAGAGGGUUACGAUAAAUGUAAGUGGAAGAAGGUUUUGUACAUGGGACAGCACGCUAAAGAAAUAUCCAGACACGUUGUUAGGCAGCGAGGCAAUUAAGCUCUACUUCGACAAUGACAAAAAGGAAUAUUUUCUUGACAGAGACCCCCACAUGUUUCGAUACAUUCUUAACUUCUAUCGUGACGGCAAGUUACAUUUAUCCAGCGAGGACUGCUUUGGUGCCUUCCACGAAGAACUUCUCUUCUACGGAAUUAACAUUGACAGCAUAAAUGACUGCUGCUGGGAAAGUUGUUAUAAUCUCUCUAAAAAACUCUGCCUGAAAGGGAAUUUGGACGAGCAAUGCGGAUGUAGAAAGAUGGAAGACGCUCGAAAUAAAUCGUUUCUUCGCAAAUGGCUCUGGGACCUCCUCGAAAACACAGAAACAACUCGCCUGGGGAAAUGUGUUCAGGGUUUCAUCGCAGUUCUUAUUUAUCUUAGUGUUGUAUGCACAAUUGUUGAGACAGAGCGAUGCACCAACAACCUCUCAUGCGAGGAAAAAUAUCCUCUUCUUUUCUUCAUAAUUGACGCCUUCUGCGUGAGUGUCUUCACUGCGGAGUAUUUGCUCAGAUUAUAUGCAUCUGAUAAUCGUCUUAAGUUCCUAGUGAACAAGAUGAAUAUCGUGGAUUUGAUGGCGGUUGCACCGUUCUACGUUAUUCUUUUAUUUCAGCAUCUCUUUCCUGGAUCCUCUUCGGCGGUGGAAAAGGCCAGCGGCUUGAUGGUUCUCCGCAUGCUCCGCGUCUUUCGGAUACUCAAGCUUUCCCGGCAUUCUAAACAUAUGAGGCAGAUGGGAAGGGCGUUGAAGCGAGCAAUUGUGGAUUUGGGCUUUCUGCUCUUUGCGUUCUUGUUGACGAAUAUUUUAUUUUCAAGUGUGUUGUACUAUAUUGAACAAACAAAAGCUGAGGAGACAGAAUUCAAGAGUAUUCCCGAGAGUAUGUGGUAUACCAUAAUCACUAUGAUGACUGUGGGGUAAGAAAAAACAAUUUCUUUCAUUGGUUGCUAGGUCAGGUCAGUGUGGCCAUUUCUAAUUUGAUUUUACGCAACUGAAUCACGUUUGAAAACAAGUUCCCUUUGAAUUAUUUUUUUUUUAAAAUGAAUUUUAGGAUUUUCCUUGAUUCGGACUCACGUUACCAGCUACGCUGUAACAAUGGUAUAUUGUUAGAAAGACCUCGGCUAAGAACGAAGAAGACUUUGGGAGAUCGCGCGUUAUCGAUGGCUGCCCCCUUUUUAUGGAACAGUCUUCCUCUGCCAAUAAGACAGGAAACAUCAAUCGACUCUUUUAAACGCUCUGUUAAAACAUAUUUAUUUAAGAAGGCUUUUAGUUAGAUUAUUUAUUUAUUUAUUUAUUUUUAAAUAUUGUAAUUUUACCGGGUAAUUUUACUGGUUUUUAAUUUAGUUAUUAAUAAUAUUGUAAUGCGCUUUUGAGUAUUUUUAUAGAAAAAGCGCAAUAUAAGUAUUAAAUAUUAUUAUAGUAAAAAGGAAAUUUAAUCGCUGAAGAAAUUAUUUGUUUUCUAAGGAAAAUCAUACUAGUCUCUCUGCUUUAUACGAAAGAAAAAUCUGCCUCAAGAAGCCUGACUGUUGCGGCAGUUUAGAUAUUCGAUUGUUCUUGGAGACAGUUUCUCCUUAACAUUUUUGCGAGCCUUUUCCUUGCCCAAAGCAAAUUAAUCGCGCACACGUUUUCAAAUUCGGAUGCGUUCGUAGCAUUCUCACCUGUUUCAAAAAUUCUUCAAGUUCGGGAAUUUUGAAGUCGUCAAGAACACCAGGUGUCUCGGUUUCUCAUAUUUCUUAAUAGUAAACAGCUCCCUCUAGACUCUAGGUUUUUUGGAUGCCUUCAUAUGCUCAACCCAAUUACACUCAUAAAUAUUUUCUUAACUUCGCACCAUGGAUAAAACAAGGACAAACAAUUAGCCGCGACAUCAACCGUGCGUCUGCAAUCUUACAAAUCCUAGCCGACGACCAAUCACAGUGCAUAAGCAUUCGGUACACUAUGCGAAAGAAAAUACAACUUUUGGAGCUCUAAUCAGGCACGUAUAGAAGUUUUAUUAAUCAGAGUGUAUAGCGGAGCUCCACAGCUAAGAAAAUUUGGUUAUCUAUCCAUCCGAGAAAAUUUUGGUAGUCCGGUGACCGAAUAUCCGUUCGUCCAUUCAUACGUCGACACCACAGGCGAACCAAUGUAAUAUCACACACUUUCUAGCUACCUGCAACGUUACAUUGCACAUCAAUGUUGUAGUUAAUUGACAGCUGCCAAAACAGGGUAUCCGCUGACCAAUAUCGCAUGGCCAUAUCGCGGGCUCAGGUGUCGACCCAUCGAAGCAACGGCAUGUUACUAGUUUUCAACUGAUUCCAGGAUCAACUCUAAGUGGUUUUCUUUGCAAUGGUCGCAAAUUAAUUGUUUGCGGUGAAUCAUAAAUUCAUUAACAGGAACUAUUGCUUUUCUUUUCAGUUAUGGUGACAUGGUCCCAGUAACAGUUAUUGGCAAAGUUUUAGGCUGCGUGUGUUGCUUGUGUGGCAUCUUAAUGCUAACUCUACCGAUACCAAUUAUACAAGAGGGAACACUGAAACCUAAAGAAUCCUGAGCACAACUCUCACUAGCCAGGGAUGGCAGAGCUUAUGAAUCCAGAGUGUGACAGUGUUAUUUCAGUUAUCUCAGACGGAAUCAGGAGUUGUAAGAAGUAGUAAGAAAUAAAGAAUAACAACUGAGUGUCUGGAUCACGUCAAAACAAGAGAGG